CAGAAACUUGACGAAACCCGCGUCACGUUAGGUCCCUUCAAUUUGUUGAAAUUCGUUUCAGAUUUGAGUCAACGCGUGGAUUCGGUAAAGGAAGAAAGUCUCAAAUUGCGUUCCGAAAAUCAAGUUCUGGGACAAUACAUACAAAACCUAAUGGCGUCUUCAUCAGUGUUUCAAUCUUCGAAUACUGGAGGAAAACAGUAG